CUGCUGAGUGAAGCCCGUUAUUGUUACCACCAUCAGAAGAGAAAAGAACUCAGUCUUUUAAUGUUCAAAACACAUAAAUCCCACCACUAACCUAAUCCUAAUUUCCUUCACCACUAAAGCCUCCCACGAGACGCACUUCCGCCCGUUGUUGUUGGACCGAAUCUCUUCCUCCAAGAAGUCUUCAGAUUUCAUCAAGUUGGAGUAGCCGUCGAUGUCGCAGAGCCAGAAUCCAUCAACAUCGUCCUGCCGUGUCCACCCAUCAAGCAGCUGCAUCGUGAGAAGCAUCAGCAUCGAUAACCUUCCUCCCGCUGCUGUAUUAAGUGAUACUGUUGGUGGUACCAAGUUUAUUAAAAUGCUCAAGAUAGGUCGUUACACGAAGAAAUCAAAGUUAGACUCAGUAUGUCAGCAAACUCAAACAGGAUCUGCUGCAGCUUCAUCCGUGCCCCAAGUGGAUGGCCUAAUUCCCCCUUCUGGUGGUACUGGUGCUGCCCCGACCUCAUCUUUACACUCCUUUCAACCACCCGUACCGAAUCACCGCCUGCUCCACAGACUUGCACGAAUGGUGCUCAACACUCGGAACCGCCUGAUGAAGACUUAGACCCAGAGGCAGAUGACGUAGAUUCAUUUGAGCAACACGUUGACAACCUAUUUGCUGCAUCAGAGACUCUGAAGCGCAAGAGACGCAAGACUACCAAAUUUCGGGAUGUUAAAACAAUUGAGUCUGAUGGGACAAUCAAGCAACUUCAUUUAAAUGUAAGAGAGGCUAUGAAGCCACCUAAUGGUAGAAAGAUCGUACUCAGGUUCAACGAUAGACUGCAACCAGUUGGAAAUGAAGCUAGUAUACUAAGCGACGUUGUCAGAAUGCUAGGAUUUGACUUCACCAAAUUCCUAAUCUGUGAGAAGGACUGGAGAAAGGUUCGCUCUAGGGACAAGAUAUAUAAUGAAUGUGUAAAGGUAAAUCGUUAUAUUUUUGUACAGUCCCGGAAUCUUAAUUCGACUCCUACCAACAAUUUAAUUAUACUCUUGCUGGAAUUGUUCCAUUUUGAAGAAGAUAGUGGAGGAAUUAUGAAGUGUACAAUAUUAAAAAUGCUAGGAAGGACUUGGAAGGAGACGAGGAACCAUUUGUAUCAUUACUUUUACAAAUCAGAUCUGACUCUUGAACAAAAUAUUAAAGGCCGUCCACCGGGAAUUACUGCGGAUCAUUGGAGAUGGUUCCUUGAUUAUCGCAACAGUGAAGAAACAAAGGAGAAGUGUAGGAAAAAUACUGAGAAUCGAUCGAAGCAAUUAUACACUUAUACUGGCGGAUCGAAAAGUUUGGCAAGGCUCGGAGAAGAAGAGGCAAAAGAAAGAAUUACAGAGAUUGAGCAACAUGAUGAAUCAUCUAGACUGUUGUCUCAGAAUGAUUCACUUGCUCAAACUCUUGAAAAGGAGCACCCAGGUAGAGUGCAUGGCAUGGGAAUCGGACCGACUACUAGUCAAGUGUUCGGUACGAAUUCACCUCAGCCGAGCAUUGAAACUCAAAGGGAGGAGACUCAAAGGGUGUUGGUUGAAAUACAAGCAGAGCUGCCGGCUGAGAAAUUAAAAAGGAAGGCAAUAGAGGAUGAAGUAGCAGCCGAGAAGACCAAAAGGCAAGCAAUGGAGAGUUCUCCGAUGUGUCUAGUUCAAGGGCAAGGUGGGGAGCUACCACCAGACCUGGCUCCAUGGAUGAAUUCAUUGGAGGGACAUAGUAGAGAGUAGAACUAAAGAUUUGGAAUUUAUUCUUAAAGAUAAAUAUACACUUUUUUAUUGUUGAUUAUGCAACUCUUAGUAAGGAAUACACUUUAUUGAUAUUUGGAUUAAUGAAUAAUUUUAUUAGUUUUGCCAA